AUGUUGCUAUUUUGGAACAUUCGAUGGGAUUUCGUAUGCAUUUUAUGCGUACAAUUACAUGUAAUAUAUUAUGUUAGAGCAAUUUGGCCAUCGCCAAACUCUUCGAACGUUAAACUGCUUGGAAUUUUUGAAAACGUUUCAAGUUCAUCUGAAUCUGCUGAAUUAUAUAUUCAUAGUCAAGCUAUGUUUAAAUCAGCUGUAAUACUUUCUCAAGAAUACAAUAUAACAAUAGAAGAUAAGUACAUCGAAUGGCAUUCAAUAGAAACUGUUGGUCAUGGAAUCGAAACGCUUCGUGAUACAUGUAAAGUACUAUCUAUUUCAAAUGUUGCUGGUAUUGUUGGUCCAGGAUUAUCAAGUGAAGCUCAUGUAAUAGCUUCAUUCGCAAAAAUCAUAGGUAUCCCGGCUAUAUCAUAUAGUGCAACUGAUCCUGAUUUAUCUGAUCGGAGCGAUUAUCCAAAUUUUUAUCGUACAAUUCCCUCAGAUAAAAUGGCGGCUAAAGCUAUUGUAAAGUUAUUUGAAAGAUUUCAUUGGAAAUCAUGCAUUCUUAUUUAUCAAAACGACGCAUUUGGAAUGGGAAGCAACAAAAUAAUAACAGACGAGUUCAAUAAAAAUAAUUUGACAGUUAGAGGUUCAAUCAUAUUUUCUAUAUCAACACAUCAUAUGCAAGAAGAUUUUCACAAAUAUUUACUAGAAAGUGAAAGUCGAAUUGUUAUUUUAUGGAUUCAAUCAAAUUAUAUACCUGUAGUAUUAAAAGAGGCUCUUAAAUAUGAUGUAGUCGGCCCUGAAUUCAUAUGGAUAUUGAGUUCAAGUAUUUCAUUAGAUUCAUUUGAUAGAAGCUAUGGAAAAUUAAUUGGAUUAUUAACUGUUGAGCCAGUGGCGGGUAUUUCAGUUAGUGCUUCAAUAAAUGCGACAUUAUUGGAUGCAGCAUAUAAAGUAUGGCAAAAAUAUGAAUCGGAAACAUUUCCUGUGUCAUCGAAGGUUCACUCUUAUGCGUUAUUUGCAUUUGAUACGACAUGGCUAUUAGCUCAAUCAUUGCAAAAACUGUGUUCAACAAUCAAAACUAAUUCUUCUUCCUCCUCCUCCUCCUCCUCCUCCUCCCCAUCAUCGUCUUCGUGUUUGUCGUUUAAUGAGCUUUCGUUUUGUUUUGAUCGUCGUUUUAGUCAAUCUGAUUUAUUACUAAAUACAAUAAAUCAAAUAGAAUUUCUUGGUGUAUCUGGUCCUGUAAAAUUUGAUUCCAACGAUCUUACCGAUCGGGUCAAUGGUUCAUAUUACUACGUGCAAAAUCUGCAAUCUUUUACCAACGGUUUACAUUUUGUUCCAGUAUUAAAAUACGGUAGCUCUAACGAUUGGACUCCAAUUGAACAAACAAAUACUAUUCUCUGGCCAGGCAAUUCAUCAAAAAUUCCAAAUGAUCACCCAAUGAUUACAGGUAAAAUAUUGCAUAUUACUGUUUUCGAAUCCAUGCCAUUUACAAUGAUAACGGAUUACAUUAACGAAUAUGGGUACAAUGAACAAAAGAUAAUUGGCUUUAUACCUGAUCUAAUUGAGCUUUUAGAAAAAAGAAUGGGAUUUCAUGCGUGUAUCCAUAAAGCACCAUCAAAUCAAACUUAUUCUGGAUUAAUUGAAGCUGUAGCGAGAGGUGACUAUGAUACUGUUUUUGGUGAUGUAAGAGUUACCGCGGCAAGAAAAGAAUCAACCGCUUUUUCUCAUGCAAUAUUUUAUAAUUCUUUACGAGUCAUAACCCGAAGAACACCUGAUAUUGAUAUGGACUUUUUUUACUGCUAA